CAAAUAAACCCAGGAAGAAGAAGAUAGAAGACGGACGAAGCAUGGAUUUAGAACAUCAAACCAUGGAAAUGUUCCUGCGAUGGGCAGCAGAGCUUGGGCUUUCAGAUUCCAUUGACUCUUCUCGAUCUCUCGAUUCAUGUCUCGGCCAUUCCCUUUCCGUCGCCGACUUCCCUCUCGCUGGCGGGAGAGGUUUGGGAGCUGUUCGUGAGCUCAGGAAAGGUGAAUUGGUUUUGAAAGUCCCGAGAAACGCUUUGUUGACCACAGAAUCAAUGGUCGCGAAAGAUCAGAAAUUGAGGGAUGCCAUUAAUCUCCACGGAUCGAUUUCUUCGACCCAGAGAUUGGGUGUAUGCUUAUUGUAUGAAAUGAGCAAAGGGAAGAAAUCUUUCUGGUAUCCAUACCUGGUGCAUUUACCUCGUGACUAUGAUCUCUCGUCUACAUUCGGCGAAUUCGAGAAGCAAGCUUUACAAGUUGAAGAUGCUGUUUGGGCUGCAGAGAAGGCCAUAGCCAAGUCUCAGUCUGAGUGGAAGGAAGCUGUUACGUUGAUGAAGGUGUUAGAUCUCAAGCCAAAGUUUCAGAGUCUUCAAGCAUGGCUUUGGGCUUCCGCUACUAUAUCUUCACGGACGCUGCAUAUACCAUGGGAUAGUGCUGGGUGUUUGUGUCCUGUGGGGGACUUGUUUAACUACGAUGCUCCUGGAGAUGAUUUGAAUACCUCAGAAGGUCCUGAGCUUGUGAUUCAGACAUCAUCGCCUAAACCUGUUUCAACUACUCAUCACGAGUGUCGGAAUAAUGCGGAGGAGGCAGGACAUGUUGUUGAGACUCAGUCUGAAAGGCUCACAGAUGGUGGAUUUGAUGAAGAUGCCAAUGCUUAUUGUCUUUAUGCAAGAAGAAAUUAUCAGCUAGGAGAACAGGUUCUUCUAUGUUACGGGACUUACACGAAUCUGGAGCUUCUUGAGCACUAUGGGUUUAUGUUAGAAGAGAACUCAAAUGACAAGGUCUUUAUUCCUCUAGAAACCAGCCUUUAUUCUCUAGCUUCUUCAUGGCCUAAAGAUUCUUUAUACAUUCAUCAAGACGGUAAGCCAUCUUUUGCGCUUGUAUCGACUUUGAGACUGUGGCUGAUCCCACAGAACCAGCGUGACAAGACAGCUAUGCGCCUUGUCUAUGCUGGAUCUCAGAUAUCUGUGAAGAAUGAGAUUCUAGUCAUGAAGUGGAUGUCAGACAAGUGUGGAAGAGUUUUAAGGGAUCUGCCAACGUCUCUCCUAGAGGACACUGUGCUUCUUCAGGACAUUAAAAACCUCCAAGACCCCGAAGUGUGUCUAAAGCAGAAAGAAACAGAAGCUUUUGGCAGUGAAGUACGUGCUUUUCUCGACGUGAAUCAUUUGUGGGAUUUGAUAAAUGGGGAUGUCAUUGGGCUUUCUGGGAAAGCUGUAGAAUUUUCUAGGAAAACUAACAGGAUAAUUAGUAAAUGGAGAUUGUCAGUGCAAUGGAGGCUAAGGUACAAGAGAACUCUUGUAGAUUGCAUCUCUUAUUGUAAUGAGAAAAUGAAUCAUCUCUCAAGUACCUAAGAUAGGAUUGGAUAUUUGAAAGGUGUAUCAAUCUGUCAUCUUUAAUCAAUGCUCAAAAGAAGAUUUCU